AUGUCCGAUCAUUCGUAUAAUCUAUUCAGUAUAACAGUAGAGUGUCCGACUGAGUCAGGUCGUUUGUUACAGACGCGGUAUCCGAUGCAGUUGCACUUACAUCUUGAGGUGAUACGUGCGUAUGCUGAGAUGAAAUGUGGUUGUUAUAACUUAGAAAAUAUCUUGCGGGAAUUUCAGUCGCCGGAUGCUGGUGAGGUAUCUAAGAGCUACCGUUUGGAUUGUUGGGGUGAGGUUUGUGCGGAUUAUCGUAAGUUGAAGCCGCGGAAUUCUCUGCCUGAAGUUUUAAAUUAUAUUGGUUCGAAAAUCCAUGAUUUGGAGUACAAUGCUUCGAUCCGGGGACCUUUGGAAGAGGAAUCAUUUGGAUUGGAAAAGGGUGGCUCGUAUGACGCCGCCAAGCGGGAAGGUCGCGGUGUUCGGAGACAUCAUGUGGCAAUGCACGGAGCAGAUACGGGCGAGUUGGAAGAGGGGUUCGGCAAAACCGGCGAGUUCGGGGACCAAUUCACAGACCAGCCCUUCGCGUCGAACCAGCCGUUCGCGUCGAACCAGCCGUUCGCGUCGAGCCAGCCAUUCCUGUCACAACGAGUAGAUCACCUCGGCGAUGCGCUAAGUCAGACACACAUUCAAGAUGCCCUCAAGCUCACCCGACAACGCGUGGAGAAUGAAAGGCGGAAAGAAGAGGAAUUGAAGGAGAAGAACAAACUGGUAGCGCAAGUCGCGGAGGCGCAACGCCUUUAUGAGGAGGCUGUCCAACAUAAAAUCAUGUACGACGAACUACACAUUCCUCUGCCUGACGACAUGCAAAAAAUAUUAGACCAGGGUCUACCAAUAACGGACCAGACUCCCCCUGUUGCAGGGACGUGUCCAGACAAGUGGGCCGACAGUCCAAAGUGGGAUGCUCGGCGCUGGGACGAUCCCGAGGCCCGGGGAGAUGAGCUGGACUUCGACUAUGUUGUUGGCGAUCAGCCGGAAGAGAGCAGGGAACUCGACUUGAGGGGACUCGACUGCGGUCGAGACGCCCGUUCACGACUUAAGUCGUCGUCGGGACCCAAGUCGGGGCCCAAGUCGUCGCCAGUACCCAAGUCGUCGUCUGGGCCUCACUCCACGGCCUGGGAGUCCUUGGGACGGAGUGGAAGCCCCAUAGAUUUAAAGCGUGCCAUGAAAUGUGCCGAUGAACCUGAGGUCCAUGACCGUGAGGUCCAUGACCGUGAGGUCCAUGACCGUGAGGUCCAAGCGGUCGAUAAUAGGAAGGAUAAUAAUCCCCGCAAACAAAAAUGGGUCGAGGACGAUCGUGGUAGCGACCAAGAGAGUUCCGGAGAGUGGAAGUGUGCCGAAAGGGGACGCGGUGAAAGAACUCGAAAGGACUAUCGAUGGGCGCCAUCCGCUGCCAUUUCUCCCGAGGAGGGUUCCUCAUCCUCCGAUCCUAGGGCACCCAGUCGAUCGAGUCAGUCGCCUUCCAAGCGGAGCGCAGAAGAGCCACAACGCAACGGGAGUCCUCAUGAUCCAAGUCUUCAUAACCGAAAAUCUCAUGGUCCAGGUCCGAACGACCGUCGUUUUCUGGACUCGAUGUACCAGCGCUAUCUGGAAGAAAAGUUUGUCAGGGACGGUGAAGACAGAUAUAGUCGUAGCGCUCGUCGUAGCGACUAUGGAGAUUCCGAUAACGCUGAGAAGCAUUUGGAAGACAAGUAUUCAAGCAAGUGUGCAGGCAAGUGUGCAGGCAAGUGUGCAGGCAAGUAUGCAGGCAAGUAUGCAGGCAAGUAUGCAGACCCAGCAUAUGCGGAAUAUGUAAAUAGGCACUUGGAAGACAAAUAUGCGACCAAGUACGCAGGCACGAGGGAUAAUGAAGGCACGAGGAAGUAUGGGGAUAAACAGACAGGCAAAUCUGGAGAUAAAAAUGCAGGCAAAAGUGCGUCCGACAAGAACAAAAACGUGUGCGACAAACAUGCGACUGAGAAGAGUGGCGGAGAUAAAAGACAAGGCGAAAAAUAUGCCCCAUGCCGGAAGGAGCAGGAUGGCGGUGAGUACUUAUCGGAUUCUAGCGAUUCGAAAGAACGACGACGAAACAGAGGCCGAGUCGCGAAGGUGGACCUAAGCGGACUGAUUGACGAGGGAGGGUAUAUUGACGUGGAGGCGACCAUGGCUUUGGCCAAGGUCCUCAAGAGGCUGCAGAAGGUCGGUGACGAGCAACGCUUCCAGGUCCUGAAGUUCGAGAAAGAUCGGAAAAAUAAACUUGAGAGUGAAUAUAACAUCAAAGUACGAGCUACAGUAGAGCCCUAA